CCAAUUAAUUCCUCACAAUGAAAGUAAUCAUUAUGUACUGCAAACAUGUACUAAUAAAGGUUUAAAAUAUUUCAGAUCAUAUUCAAAGGAGGACACAAAAUAAUAAACAUCUUGCAACAUAGACAAAAUUCAAAAAUAAGUUAUAACCAUGUAAUGAAAACAGAAUAUUAAAAGAAAAGAAAGUCUUUUCGUAGGCACUCAAAUAAUUCUUCCUCUGUAUGCAGUGACACAAAAGCAUUUUUAGCUUUCAGGUUCUGACAAAUCCUGCUGUAACAACAACUGCCUCCCUUCCCCGCCUCUCCUUUCUUAAUUCUCCCACAGUUCAAAAAAUGAGAUGGCGAACCUGGUAUUUAUCUUCCAGCACCAUCAGCAUUUUUCACCUCUCUGAUUUCUAUGUGGCUCUUUAUUUGCUAUUUUCAAGUUAACUUGUUGCAGCUUUAUAGAAACAAUUCGGACUCUCAGAAACAAGAUUCACACACGGUUUCUUUUCAUGAGCUCUAAAUGAGACUACAGUAAUUUGAAGAUAAUCUACAGAGAGGAGUGAAGACGGUGAAGGCUACUGACAAAAGCUAUUGUUGUUUGACUCUACUACACAGAAAUUCGCUACAAUUUGAACUGAGCAUUAACAUAGUUAGCAUCAAGAUCUUCCACAUCAUGGCCUUGCUGUGUUUGCAGCUCCUUGCUUUCAUCCUGGCCAUAUGUGGGGUCUCUGGAGUGCUCACAGCUACUCUGCUGCCCAACUGGAAAGUGAAUGUGCACAUGGGCUCCAACAUCUUGACCGCCAUUAUACAACUGCAUGGGCUGUGGAUGGACUGCACAUGGUACAGCACUGGGAUGUUUAGCUGCAUGCUAAAGAACUCCAUUCUAUCCCUCCCUGUCCACGUGCAGGCUGCCAGGGCCACCAUGGUCCUGGCUUGUGUUUUGUCUACUUUAGGCAUCUGCAUUUCCAUAGUAGGAAUGAAAUGUACUCACUUAGGAGGAGAUCAAGAAACCAAGGGUCAGGCUUCUUUUGCUGGAGGAGUUUGCUUCAUGUCCUCAGGGAUCUCUGGCUUAAUACCCACAAUGUGGUACACAAAGGAGAUCAUAGAGAACUUUCUGGAUCUGACAGUUUCCGAAAGCAAUAAAUAUGAGCCUGGAGGAGCCAUUUACAUAGGAUUCAUUUCAGCAAUCCUGCUGUUUAUCUCUGGCAUUCUUUUCUGCAUUUCCUAUACUAAAAAGAAUUCAGAAGCGUGGUUAUCCCUUCCCAAACAGGAGCAGCCCUCUACCACUCAUUUAGAAAAUAAUUCUGCAUACAAUCUGAAGGAUUACGUGUAAAUAGGUACAUAACACACAUGCAAUGAAGCUUUUGGUGGGUUGCUGGAAUGUUAUGAUAGAUAUAAGUAUCAGAAUUAUGCUCAAUUUCUUCCACAAAGAAUGCAAAAUACUUUAAAAACUACUGAAUAGUUCAAAAUAGUAAUGAUGACAUAUAAUUGCAUUUUAAAACCGUUUUUUCCAUGAUUGCUUUUGUGUUUUACUUAAAGGUUUACAAUUGUAAGAAGUUCUGACAACAUUUGUAAGACAGCUGAUAGUACUUUUUUUGAAAUAAUUUGUUGAUAUUUUCUAAAUUGGAUUUCAUAAAAACACUGAACUGUGAAGUAUUAAAAAGUACCUUGGCCAUCAUGUUAA